AAGGUGGGUGACGCCGUCAAGUGAGGUUGCGGCUGCGACUGCCAAGCCGGGGCCAGAUCCCUGUCGCCAUUCAGGGCUCAACCACUCCUUUGACUUUCUAUGCUCGCGCAUCAGCAGCAGCCACCAACCCUCAGACGAGUGCCGACACCCGCCAGGGACACUUUGUAUUCCCCGGAAGACGCUCAGUCCCUCCGUUCUUUUACCCGCUGGCCUCGCUAUCCAUAUAACCUGCGUGACAGGAGGACCGCUGCCUCGACCGGCAGACGACCACAAGCGCCGCCGCGAUGCGCUCUAUAUUCUACUCCCUUCUGUCGCUGGCGACGGUCGCGACUACACUGGCAGCCGAUGCGCCUGAACCGAAGCCGAGCGAUAAAGCAACAGACGACUGGGAUGAGAGGCCACCGGAUACCAUAUUCAAUGGCCAGACGGUGCCCCCGAUGAAAGAGCUGGGCACAGAUCUAGAGCAAGAGAUCAGCCAUGGAAAUUGGCUGGUUGAAUUCUAUUCACCAUCGUGCCCGCACUGCAUGCACUUCAAGCCAACGUGGCAGACAUUAUACGAGUUCUACUACACCUCGAAACCGAUUACUACGAGCCAAGAUAGCGACGACUCCUCGGACGGGUUAAAUUCAUUCACGCGAUGGUACGAUUUCAAGUUUGCGAAGGUGGACUGCCUAGCAUUCAGGGACGCUUGUGCGGAACAUGAGGUUAACAACUACCCUUCGAUAAUACAAUUUCAAGAUGGAAAGGAGAUCUCGCGGAAGAAAGGCGCACAGGACAUGCAGGCGCUGAGUCAGUGGGUUGAGGAGAUAUUGGAGCCCAUCCGUCCCGGCUCGCGUGUCCCCGGCGGGCCGAAGCUGCCCAAAGUUGGAGCGCAUUCUGUUGAAACUGGGCCGGAAACAGAGGGCGAAGCGAAAGAAAAGGAAGCAGCUAAGGAAGAGGUAGCACAAUCUUCGUCGGUCAAGGUUGAACCCGCCAAGGUCGCGAAGCCCACACCUGCGAAACCCAUAUCCACCGCGAAUCCGUCUGGGAUCUCCGAACCGCUUACCGUAGAGAAGUUCCAGAAGCUGGUCACCAACACUCUGGACCCAUGGUUUAUCAAGUUCUAUGCUCCGUGGUGCCAUCACUGCCAGGCCAUGGGACCGAACUGGGCGUCGAUGGCUCGCGAAAUGAAGGGGAAGCUGAACGUCGGAGAGGUGAACUGCGACGCAGAGAAGAGGCUAUGCAAGGACGCACACGUCAAGGGCUACCCCACUCUCCUCUUUUUCCGCGGCGGUGAGCGCAUCGAGUACAAUGGAAUGCGCGGGCUGGGCGAUUUCAUCGACUAUGCUAAUAAGGCUGUCGCCGUUGGAUCCGGAGUUCCUGACGUGAAUCUGGAAGAGUUCAAAAAGAUGGAGGAGACGGAAGAGGUCAUCUUCGUGUACUUCUACGACCAUGCGACCACCUCUGAAGAUUUUCAGGCCCUGGAACGACUCACUCUCAGCUUGGUCGGUCACGCUAGGCUGGUCAAAUCGAACGAUCCCGAGAUGUUCAAGCGCUUCAAAAUCUCUACCUGGCCCCGCUUGAUGGUUUCCAGAGACGGUAAACCCUCUUAUUAUGGACCUAUCGCGCCCAAGGAUAUGCGCGAUUCCAGGAAAAUACUCACCUGGAUGAAGUCCGUCUGGCUCCCUAUCGUUCCGGAACUGAAAUCUGACAAUGCGCGCGAAAUCAUGGACGGCAAGCUUGUUGUGCUUGGUAUCUUGAGCAGGGAACGCUCAGACGAGUUCAUCAUUGCGAAGCGCGAAAUAAAGAACGCUGCUUUGGAGUGGAUCGAUAGGGAAGAGCACAUGUUCCAGCUCGAGCGCCAGGAGCUGCGCGAUGCGAAGCAACUUCGCAUCGAAGAAGCGGAAGAUAAGAACGAUCAGCGUGCUCUCCGCGCCGCGAAGGGCAUCCGCAUCAACAUGGACGAGAUCGAGCGCAAGCAGGUCGGCUUCGCGUGGGUCGACGGCGUCUUCUGGGAGCGGUGGAUCAGGACUACGUUUGGUAUCGACGUGAAGAACGGUGAGAGAGUUGUUAUAAACGAUGAAGACAACCACCGCUAUUGGGACGUCACCGUAACCGGCGAACCCAUCCGCGCCUCCCGCUUCUCUAUCCUAGAAACCCUCUCCAGGGUCACCAAGAACCCGCCGCAGCUCGUGCCCAAAUCCACAACUAGCACUUUCACCGGCUUCUUCCUCUCGAUUCGCAAGUUCUGCAGCAGCCACCCAUGGCUGUCUCUUGGCGUGGCUAUCGGCUUCGUUCUAGCUGCGUCAAUGUUUGGCAGAUCGAGGAUGAGGAGAAGAGCGUUUGGAAACACGGGUGCAUAUUUCCAAUUAGACGGGAAGGAGGGGAUCUUAGGUGGGAACGGAAUGGGGAAGAACGACUAGAGGGAGUGACGAUGUACGAGGUGAGGGAUCGCUUAAGGGCUGCUUGUAUGAUACCGACUUUGGCUUUGAUUUGGCAUUCACUGGGUUGGCGCGGCGUCACAGGUGAACAAGCAUGAUGCAGCGGUUUCUGAUUCGUUCGUACUGAUAUGAAAUCGUUUGAACUAUUGAACU